CAUUUCUAGGGCUUCCCUUAUACUGAGCCACCGAAUCAAAAAGUCCUUUCCCUCUGUGUUCUAUCAAGACUCUGCCCAAAAAAACCUAGGAAACUACGAACAUGUCUUCCAAGAUUAUGCUGAAACCUAAGGGGAAGAACACCAAAAGGGCUGCUGCGGCGGAUGAGGAAGACGGAGCAGUGGUAGUGGUGGGGAAAUUCGUGAAGGAGUGGGGGACAUGGACAGCGAAGAAAGCCAAAGUGAUUACACACUAUGGUUUCAUCCCGCUUGUUAUCAUCAUUGGCAUGAACUCUGAACCCAAACCCUCUCUUUCUCAGCUUCUUAGCCCCGUGUAAAGCCAUCUUUCUUGAUUGGUUAUUUUAGGGUUUGUGGGGGUGGGAGUGGGGGUAAUAUCAGUCGAUUUGACUUUUAAUAUUGUUGUUUUGUUAUGCUUUUUUGAUGUGAUGGGUUGUGAAAGUUGAAACAAAGAAUUUAAAUUUUUUUAGCUGGAUCAAUUUUAUGUUUUGAA